UACAGUUCGUACGACCGGGACAAAAUGUCGUUGGUAUUUCGAGAGAUUGUUGACGAGGAAUUUAAAGACAUUUGUGAGACUUUUCGGAAGUCAAUUGAUGCUGAAUUCAGCGCAAAGUCUUUGACUUGCGAUUUGUUCGAUUCGGACCUGUUCGUUGAACAAGGAACUUCUCAGAUAUUUACAUCUACUCAGGACGUUAUAUUGCUUCCUUUAAACGUGAUUGAUGCAUUGGAAUUACGAGUGUUAGAAGAAAAUGUUUCUAUCCCUUUGGCACCGUUUGAACCCAUAGAAAUUAAAGCGAAUGAGCAUUGUUUCCUGUCUUGGGAAAGACUCUCUUUACGCAAUCGAAUUCGUAACAUGCAAGCAUAUCCAAAGUCAAAAGCAGAGACCGAAGAAGCCAAGUGUAACGGAAUCUUCAUUGCCUUUGGCCUGAAAGAACGAGGAACAAAUCAGGAACACAGUGCGACUGCACCCCAAGAUAUUCCAGCGGAGCAGAAGGUUAUUCUUAAAUGGGAAGAUUGAGCGAGACCGUGGACAGAUCAGCAAUUUCGCUAUAACUGGUUUUCCCAAACGGUCCUCAGUCCUUUUCAUAAAAAAAAACACAGUAUUUGAAUCUACAUAUCCAGUUACGCUAAUGCCCACGGAGGCAAUCGACAGCUAUUAUACUAACUGUUUUUGCAUCGUUUACUCUGUUAAUGAUUUGCAACAGUUACGAACCUUGUACAGGCUUGUUACUGCCAAUACAAGUUUCCGUUAUUUUACAUUCUAAUUUCUUAUCCCACUGCUAUAUCUUAGCUGCACCAAAUUGUCUCUCUGUAACAAACUUUCAGCUGUACGAUCCUGUGAAUUGCUCAAUCCAUUUCCCUCUUAUUCGUGUGGUCUCAUCCCGCUACUUUCGCCCUUUAAUUGUUUCCACACCUCAGUAUUUCCGUCACUCCUUGUUUGUGAGGUUUUUAUAAUUAAUGAAUUCUUAUGAUUCGGUACAUUUGUUAGUCGAUUACAACCAUUACAAUCAUAUAACGCAAUCGUAUCUUCAAUUAGCAGCCGCGUACA